AGUAUUUUCGUUGGUGUCCUAUAGUUCGCACGUGUUUUUCUGUUUGCUGCGCAUCCGCACAUUAAAACAAAAAAUUUUUGAGAGAAAAAAUUAUAGUUUUAGAUUCCACGUAAAUCUUCAAUUUCCUUAUUAAUUCAUCAACUUCAGGAUGCUGAUUAAUCUUCUGUUCUAUUAAACGUGUCAAGCGUGAUGUGUUAAAUGUCUUCGCAAAUAUGAUUCAUAAAGAUUGCAUCAUUUUGUAGCCAAAAAGAAAAAAUCAAAAACUCCAAUUGAGAAAUUACAAUGACCAUCAAAGAUGUAAUCAUGAGUGUGGCUGACCAAUUAUCUUACAGCCAAGUAUCUAAGGUUACUACAACCGAAUUUGCUUUCGCACUCAUAACUAGAAUAACAGCGAAAAUGUUAUUGAUUUUCUCCUUCAUAAUCACCAUACGCCAGCUAUUUGGAAAACCAAUCGAAUGUCAACCUGAUCCCAGUUACGAAAAGUACACGAAGCAAAUUGAGACACGAUGUUGGAUUGAAGGAAGCUACAUAAUUCGAGAGCAUUUAACAGGAAUUGUUGGGAAGAAUAUUAUCAAUUAUGGGAUUGGAACUGUUCGUGGUAAUCAAGAACGCAUUUAUCAGACUUACUACCAAUGGGUCACGCCAACACUUCUCAUUAUGGCCCUCAUAUUUUACUUUCCAAACUUUAUGUGGAGAAACUGGGAGAGUGGAACAAUGGAAAAAUUAUUAAAAGAUAUUGAUUCGCCAUACAUCAACGAAGAAUGUUGGAAUAACCAAAGAGAUCGUCUUUUGAGAUAUUUACAUGGUCCAAAAAGAUAUCAUCGUCAAUAUGCCAUCAAAUAUUACACUUGCGAAAUUAUUGCAUUUAUAUCAUUGAUAUUCAACAUGCACAUUAUGACACUUGUGUUCAACAAUUUCUGGGUUGAAUACUUUCCAGCAGUUAUCUCACUUCUGUCUAAGGACAUGGAAGCUUUUGCCAAACAUUCGUCUAUUCUGUUUCCAUCUCAAGCAAAGUGUGAUUAUUUUAAUUUUGGAUCGAGUGGAACGAUUCAACUUAUUGACGCUUUAUGUUUCCUACCACAAAAUGUUGUGAACGAAAAGAUUUUUGUGUUCCUUUACCUUUGGAUGAUAAUUUUACUGAUGUUCUCUGUAUUGCAUGUUAUUUGUUUGGGCGUUAAACUUGCCCAUCAAUGUCGAAAAGAACAUGAAUUCGGGUACGGCCUAGUUUUAUCGAUAAUUAAAAAGAAUCUCAGUCCAGUGCUUGUUGAUGAUCUCCUAGAAGCGAGGAAACUAAAUAUGCACUGACGUAAACAUGAACUGGAUAUUUAUGUAUUAGAAUCAUAAUCAGCACUAAUGACGAAUCACUUAAGCAAAUUUACUUGGAUCUGAAGAGUUUGGUUUGAACUCACAAAAGCAUAAAUCGCAAAAUUUCCUAAUUCGCGUAAUUAAUAUCAACAUUGAUGAUCAGUUUCAAUGUUUGAAGCCUUAAAAAUGUAUUCAAAAACGUAUCUACGAGAAUUCAUGAAAUGAAUUUAAAAAAUGAAAAAUUUAUCUUAUAGGAAGAGCUAAAGAUUCUGCAUUUAAAUGAAGGGAUAUGAAAGCAAAAGUUUCAGAGUAAACACAAAUAAACUCAUCGAAAGACGGAAAUGAAAAAUUUUCAUGAAACAAACAUAAAAUACCUGAAGUUGAUGCUUUCAUUAAAUUUAUGUUUCUUUUACAUUGGAAAGUUACAAACGAAGAAAAGUUUAUGAAUUUAUUUGUUUUCAGGAUUUGCUAAGCAAAGUUGCAUGAUUCACUUUCUGGUUAACCUCAAGGUUGAAAGUUAAACAAUUAUUUCAGUUCUUCGUUUUAUCAUGUGAUGAGAUGUGAAAGAAUUAUUGGAUUUGAAUGUUGAACGAAGAAACAAAAUUUGUUUAUUUAAUGGUAAAUGCACGAGGGAAUUUUUCUUGAACGAUUUGUUAGUCCAAGUUUUGAAUUAUCAAUGAAAAUAAAUAAAAUCUGAAAAAGAAAUAAAACUUGACGG